AUGGAACAAGGUUCAGCCGGUGCGAGGGCGAGUCGAAAGGUGCGCCUGCGUGGUGGACAAAAGGCUCCGGACUAUUGGCAGGAGGUCAGCGGGUACAUCUUCACUGGCAGUCGUGCCUUGACUGGGACAAAUGCUCUGAGCUCUGGCGAUGGUUCGCGCGGGGCCGUGGAGAAUUCUUUGCUGGCACACCAGCAAACUCAUACUGUGGGGAGACCGUUCACCUGCUCAGACUGUGGGAAAGCAUUUGCAGAGUCCUCUCAUCUGUGGAGACACCGGCAAGUUCACAGUGGGGAGAGAUCAUUUGUCUCCUCAGUGUAUGGGACGAGAUUCACUCGGUCAUCUGCUCUGUUGACACACCAGCGAGUUCACACUGGAGAGAGUCUAUACACCUUCUCUGCUUGUGAGAAGAGAUUCACUCGGCCGUAUGACCUGCUGAUGCACCAGCGGGAGAGGGCGUUCACCUGCUCUGAAUUUACCAGGUCAACCUCCCCAGUGACGCACCUGCGAAUUCACACUGGGGAGAGAAAAGUCAACUGCUCAGUCUGUGGGAAUGGAUUUACUCAGUCAUCUCACCUGCAGGCACACCAGCAAGUUCACACCGGGGAGAGGAAAUUUAUCUGCUCUGUCUGUGGGAACAUGAGACAGCAGUGCAUCCAUUCUGGGGAGAAGCUGUUCAACUACUCGGGAUGUAGGAAGGGACUUAUUCAGUCAUCCAACUUUCUGAUACACCAGCGAGUUCAUACUGGGGAAAAAAGUUUAAAUCAGCUGCAUGCUGGAUAUUUAACCAUCACAGUUGCUGAACCCAGAGGCAAGUUCGAAACUGACUGUUGGCGUCAGACUCUGCAAUUAUUGCUGCUGCUCAUCACAGCCGGUCUGCACCCUGGUCACUGGGCCUGGGAGGAGUCUCUUCCUCUGGCAUUCACCUUUUAUGAGACUGCAGUUUAA